AUGUCUCACCAUCCUGAUGCCGCAGAAGAGCUCUUCGACCAGAUGGGAGAGACAUACAAAGAUGCUUUUGCAGAGAAUGAAGGCCUGUAUCGAGCAUUAGAUGGAUUGAAAUCGUAUCAUGAAUCUAUAUCAACUGUGCUGGACGUAGGAUGUGGCCCUGGAGGACCAGCUGCUUAUCUUGCUCAGCAAGGAUACAGAGUCACUGGUAUUGAUAUUUCUCCAAAGAUGGUGGACUACUGCACGAAGCAUAUCCCUGGAACAUUCUUAAAAGUCUCUAUGACUGAAUACGCUCCAAGUGAGAGAUUCGACGCCGUGAUCUCAACCUUUUCGUUACUUCAACUCCCGUACCAUUCUGUCUACUCCAUGCUCUUCAAGAUGGCAUCGUGGCUACGCCCAGGUGGAAUUUUCAUCUUGGGUACGGUCGACCCCGAGGGAAAUCGCGGCGGAGAGGCUAUGCAGGGCGUGACAUCCGAUUACGUGGAAGGAUACCCUGUGCCUUUCAUGAAUACUACCGUCGCACUCACUUUGAUCACGACAAAGGGGCUACUCGCAAUUAUCCAGCAGACCGGCCUUGUGAUUCGCAGCGUGGAAAAGCAUACGUUCAUGCCCACAACCGGAGAACAGGAGGAGCAUAUUUUCAUCACAGCUCAGAGGACUACCUAA